AUGGGUUAUCAAUUGAAUUCAUUUACAUCCACAGUAUCACAAACAAAAUCAAUGGAUAGAAUAAAAGUCGAUAAUUAUGUUAGUAUAGGUGUAUAUGAUACUGUUGGAGUUGAAAUAUCAAAUCCUUCAAAAGAUGGUUGGGAUCCUAAAUUGGCAUUGUUAAUUAGUGCAGAACAAACAAUUAAUCUUGGUCGAAGUGGAUCAAUUUUAAGAGAAGCAAUUCAUCAACACUUACCUAAAGUAUUCAAGUAUAAACCAAACGUAAUUAGUAUUUGGUUGACCGUUAAUGAUUUUAAUCAACAAAUAUAUGAUAGAUCUAUUUUAACUAGUUAUACAUCAAAUCUUACUGAAAUGUUAUCUCAAUUAAAAAAUAAAUUAGGUAAUGAUACACGAAUUCUUGUUGAAAAUAUUCCAGAUUUAUCUAAGAAAAAUCAAUGUGAUCUUAUAGAUUUAUAUUCAUAUUGGAAAGAAUUAAGUGCACAGUCUGAGGAUGUUUCAUUUGAUGAUUUUCAUCCAUCGACGCAUGGAUAUGAAAGAUUUGUACACAUUUUUUAUCAACAAUAUUUAAAAUAA